GCUACUGCUCCGACAUGCUAUAGCUAGCGUGAAAAUGCUGGACAUAAACGUUAGCUUCCCCCGGCAAAGCUUUCUAUCAUUCCUGACAGAGAGAAAACGUCUGUUGGGUCACGAAAAUACUGCUGAAGAUCCAACCUGGUGCUGAACCACGUUUAAAAAGUAACAUUUAGAUUUGCCGUCUAUGGUUUGCGGAGGGAACGCUAUGGGAGUGCUCAACUCCCAAAUGUGGUGUGCUAAAUUAUCUACCAUUUUGUGCUGGUAUUAGCGUACAUUUUCAGUUGCAACGCAUAGAAAACAGUGAGGUGUAUUGUAGACACAUUAAUACUUUAUUAUUGUGACAGUUAAAUGUGCAGUUUAGCCAAACAAGAAAUGUAAGCUAGCACUAUUUCUUUGACGAAGGAUGUUUAUCGUCGCGAGUUUGCGGAGCUACGCAACGUAACUACGUCACGUCCGAUUCUUCAAUCCCAGCCUGAUACAAACAUCGUAGCUAACGGUAGAGAUGGCGUCCAGGAUGUCAUACCUUAACGUUACCUAGUCAAAGCGAUGUUAUUAAAUUUAUCCAUCGGAGGAAGAGUUUACCCGACUAAAUCUACAAACGUUGAAUAACCGGACACAAUGGAAGAACCGUGGGACUUUGAGUUUUUGUCCCGCAUAGCUGACGGCUGCUUGUCGUUCCUAUCCGAGUUUGUUGACGACUGGCUCGCCAACGAUAUGAGGGUCUCCAUAUUCAAAAUCCUUCUCAGCUGGUUAAUUUUUAGUCUGAUCGCGAUUCACUUUGCGUGGAAAGUCUACGGGAACACAGUGAACGAUAUGUAUUACCGACAAGGGACCGGACAAAACGGAGGCACACCAGAUACAGCACCUCACCUGAGUGGAUGGGAAAGCAAAGCAGGAGACACCCCAAAGACUCAUCGAGAUUAACGGGACAAUGGUGUCAGACUUUGGGCUCUAUCUAAGCGAGAGCUGGACUCCUGUGAUGAGACAUUGAAUGCACUCUCAAGUUGUGCUAAUAAGAAAGCAUCUUCAGUGCAUUAAAGAUGCUUGCACGCUCUGGUGACUGCCCGGAGAAUCAUCCGUUACGCAUACCAACAAUGUCACACUGAUAUCCACCAAAUCAACUGCAUAGUGCUGUGAGAUAUUUAUUUUGGCUUGUCAACAUUGGUCAUUGAGCAGAACCUUACUCUGCAUUAACUGGUGUGUCUGACUUAAUAGUCAACAUUUUCCCUAAGAGAUACUGAUGUGACAAAUACUGAUGGGUUUGUGCUUAAAUUAAGGGUGCUUUAAAAACACUGUCUUAAUAGCAGACAUAAUAUUUUCCACUCUGACCAUGAGCAGAAUAAUUUGACUACAUAAAAAUGUUGUAUGGAAGGAACAACAGUAUAUUUCAAGUCAAUACAGAUCCCUGAAGAACA